UGUACUACAGCUGAAUUUUUGUGGUGGCAACAAAGCCAAUAAAAGCCCUACAUUUUUGUAAGACAAUGCCGAAUUAGCAGUGAAUCUAGACCAACCGCGCUUUUCUUACCUAAAGUUUCUGUGGUUUGGUUAGAAAAAAGCAUUCAAUAUUGAAAUAUUGGAUUGAAAAAAAAUGCAACAUUAUUUGGAAAAUGUUUGUAUAAACUUAUUCAAAUAUACUAUGUGCAUUAAUGGUGAUUUUCUAAUGAUCUAUCAACCAUGCUUGUAAUGUGGUAAAUGCAGUGUUGGGGUAUUCCCCAAAUUGUAAGCCAAAGUAUUCUGUGACUUUAUGAUGGUCCUUGUAUAUUUCAAAUUGUAGUAUAUCGGUUUCUAUGGAAAUUUCAAGGGUCUUUCUGGGGCCCAGAUAGAAUCUCACAAGUAGGUCUUUAUAAUGCCCACUUUCAUUUUGUGGCGUACCCUUUGGAAUUCGAUAGUACUGGGGUUUAUAUAACUCGCCCCUUUCCAUACCCAACAACUCCUUCUUACACUAGUUGGACUUGUUUUUGGACAUUAUAGAUGUUGUUUGGCUUGUGAGGUGUCCUAAGUUUUGAAUAGGCAUAAGAAAGGUAUACAUCAUAUAGGAGGCAAAAUAUAUCUGACAACAUCUAAAAAUGUCUGUGGUGUGCUUUAUAAUAGUAAUUUCUUCAUUUCAAACUAAUUGUGCUGGCUAGUUGUGCAAUAUCAUAAAAACUGAGAAUCAGAAUAAGGUUUUCUGCAACAACAUUAGUUACUGUAAUGAUAUUGUUUUGCACCUUAAUGCGAUUCAAUUUGGAAUUAUAAUAUGCCAUGCAUAUAGUACAUAAUGAUAAGUACAUUAUGAUAAACAUGUUAAGCUGAUUUGGAACAGUAGUAAGUUCACAUAACAUCAAAUCACCUUUUACGAUAUAACAUUUACUAAUGUUUUAGUUACAUAAAGAAUAAAGAUUAGAUAGCAAAUGCAGCAAAAUGAAAAUUUAAAGAUAGAAAGUACCAAAUACUGGCAAACAGUACAACAUCAUUAAGAAAAAUGGCUUUAAAAAAGUCUUUGAGUUCAAAGUUGAAUAUUUUUAAUUCAUGAUGCCCAACUGGAAAACAAGUGGUUGUAACCAGUUUGUGGAAAAUAGAUAGGACUGAUAGGAUGAGAAUUAAGGAAUAUUGUGUGUGAGAUAUGCACAGAUUUUUUUUUAAGAUGCUCUCGAGUAUUAUGUACAUGAAAAAGUAAAAUAAACAUAAAUAGUUGAGUUAAAACAAAUGUAAUCAAAAAGAAUUUACAUAACAAAUGAACGAUUAAGCAAGUCGGAGCGACUUGGAGCGACUAGGAAUUUCGUGGCGCAGCGCAUUGUGGAUUAGCCGGUCACAAAGAGACGAAUGGCUUAAUAUGGCGUCCGCAGAAAAUGGACCGUCCCCUUCGGAGGGACAUGGCGCUGGAGAUGUUUCGUCCAGAUCGCCGGCAGCUGCUCAAAAACCACCAAUGUUAUCAGAGCUCAAGAGACUCAGCUUUUCUGAAAGUAUGUCCUCGAGACGGCUGCCCAGAGCAAGAAAGCGGACAAUGUCUGUCUCGUCUACGGAUAGCUAUAGCUCAGCGAGCUAUUCUGACAGCAUCUCGUCCGGUGAAGAUGACGGUGUUUCUCCUAGAGAAAAAGAUCAGCAAAAUUCCAAUGGCUUCACAGAUUUCUGCAUCAAGAAUAUUAACCGAGCAGACUUUGGCCAGCGUGAAAUUGAGAUUGCCGAACAAGAAAUGCCAGGUUUAAUUUUACUAAGAAAAAGGAAUGCUAAUGAUCGACCUUUGGAAGGAGCAAAGAUUGUUGGAUGUACUCAUGUUACAGCACAAUCAGCAGUGUUGAUUGAAAGUUUGUGUAUGCUUGGUGCUCAAGUACGAUGGUGUGCUUGCAAUAUCUAUUCAACACAGAAUGAAGUUGCUGCUGCCUUAGCUGAAAAAGGUUAUCCAAUAUUUGCAUGGAAGGGUGAAUCUGAAGAAGAUUUCUGGUGGUGUAUUGAGAAAUGUAUCAAUGCUACUGGAUGGAAUCCAAACAUGAUACUGGAUGAUGGCGGUGAUUCCACGCAUCUUAUGUAUAAGAAAUUUCCUGGGAGAUUUAGUGUCCUUAAGGGCAUUGUGGAAGAGAGUGUCACUGGAGUUCAUAGAUUAUUUCAACUUUCUAAAAAUGGCAAGCUGACUGUUCCAGCCAUGAACGUAAAUGACUCGGUGACCAAGACUAAGUUUGACAAUCUUUACUGCUGUAGAGAAUCUAUUUUGGACAGUUUGAAAAGGACAACGGAUGUAAUGUUUGGUGGGAAACAGGUCUUGGUGUGUGGAUAUGGGGAGGUAGGAAAAGGUUGUUGUGCGGCGCUGAAGGGUUUAGGAGCCAUUGUUUAUGUCACUGAAAUUGAUCCAAUCUGUGGUCUGCAGGCAGCUAUGGAUGGAUUUAAAGUUGUAAGAAUUGAAGAGGUCUUAGCACAAAUUGAUAUUUUGAUUACUGCAACAGGUAACAAAGGUGUUGUGACCAGAGACCAUAUGGAUCGUCUUAAAAAUGGCUGUAUUGUUUGUAAUAUGGGUCAUUCCAAUACAGAAAUUGACGUGGCGAGUUUAAGAACGGAGGAAUUGACGUGGGAAAAAGUUCGACCCCAAGUUGAUCAUAUUAUUUGGCCGAAUAAGAAAAGAAUAGUUUUACUUGCAGAGGGUCGUUUGGUGAACCUGAGUUGUUCCAGUGUACCAUCAUUUGUUGUCUCAAUUACCACCACAACACAAGCUAUAGCUCUUAUAGAAUUGUACAAAGCUCCUCCUGGACGCUAUAAACAAGAUGUCUACUUGCUACCGAAGAAAAUGGAUGAGUACGUGGCGUUGCUUCAUCUGCAGACGUUUGAUGCGCAUCUAACGGAGCUAACGGAUGAACAAGCUAAAUAUCUGGGGGUCGCGAAAACAGGGCCGUACAAACCUAAUUAUUAUAGAUAUUAAAUUAAUUAAUUAUGAUAUGUGGUGGAGAAGAAAUGAAAAACAAUGUUUGGAAAUGAUCAUUCCUUGCUAUUGUUAAAAUCAUCCAAGAUGGUCUAUUUAUUACAACACUACAAGUCUGGCUACAGGGUAUCGAUGAAACGAACAGGAUAUUGAUGCAUAUAUUAUUCACAUGGCAACUGUGUCUGUGAGCUAUUUUACCAAUAUCAUAUCGCCAAAGAGCUGCUUGCAUGUUAAAACAUUGUAAAUGAACGAAAAUAUCGUAUAUUCAUACACAGCAAACGCAACAUUCAGCUUUGAAAAUGCUAUAUCUUUUAGCCGAGCUAACGACCUUCCCAUGCAGCUUGAUUUUCUUGUCAAUAAAGGUUGUCCUUCCACAACAUUAAACAAUCCCUAUCGCGCUUGGAGAUCAAUGUUUAUAGUUUUGAAAGUUCAACUUUUAUCGAAUUACCUGUAUAGCACUAAUAUCAGAGUUGCAUUAUGACUUCUUGUGGAGGUAGUAAGCUCAGUCAUGGUUAGGACCGUAGGUGAACAUCUUGUUUUGAGUAGCCGCCUUGUAAUCAGACGACGAAGAAAGAGAAUCUUAUUUUAGAAAUAGUCUAGAGAUUUUAUAUUUGUUGUGCAUGAAUAUACACGUCGCUUAGAAUUGUGACUAUUUUGUAUAGAGGCCAUUUUUGACUUAAAUUGAAAUGAUAUAGACGACUUAGAGUGAAAUAGCAUAUUGUGUAUUAGCGUUUUAUACUAUACCGCAUACGGGAAUUAACUUAAUAUACGAAAACUGAAUUGAAAGGUAAUAAAAUUGUGAAAUGA